GAUUUGGUAAUGCACGGACAUAAUUUAAAGAAAAAACAAAAAAACCUUUGUAGAUCCUAUUUUCUUUAGAGAAGGGGGCCAAGAUGGAAGUGUUUGUCAUACAUUGGUUUAUCAAAUCAGUCAAAGCCAAUUGUUUCUUACUGUUGAACAUGGAGUAUGUACAGAGUGUAUUUUAGUUCAGAUAGGACAAAGAGUCAUUUAUUUAAUCAACACAAUGAAAAUAUAAUUUCUUUCAGUUUGAUUAUGGAAUGAGUUUAUUCAGGGAUGCAUAAGCAAUGCAUUAUAUAUAUUCUCUCUCAGUAAGCAACGGACAUAAGUGCUUCUGUUCAAGAAAGCAGACAAUGAACCUUUACUUAUAACAGUCAUGGUAUGGUACGCUUUCAUUUUGAAAUAAGCGAUGUUCUCUUUAAUGGUAGGUGAAAUUUAUUGUGUAAACAAAAACAGUUUUUUUCUAUAUAUAAUGGUAGAUUACUUGUUGUCAGAGGUGUUUGUUCCUGGUAACGAUUUGAUUAGCAAGGCUGUCCUGACUGACGAUAGAAUCAUCAAUAUUAUAUGCAAAAAUCUACAGGAUCAAUAUAUGGCUGUCCCUAACGAAUCCUUGAACAAAAGCGCCUUUGAUGUCGUAUAUCGCCCAAAAAUGGCUCUUAGUGAAUACCCGCCCAUAAUAAUAGAAAUUCAAGAAAAUGUAAAUGAUGAAUACAUGCCUCCUGUAGAACGUUACUCAACACUAGCCUUUGAAAAAUAUAGUAAAUGUCGAAUUAUUUUGAUAAUUGAUGUGUCUACCGUAAUUACAUCCGUCAGCAGCAAGCUAGCGCCAGUUAUAUCUUGUCCAUAUAGUUUCAAAGUUCCUUGUCUCUUCUGGGCCAAGUGCUGCUUAUUGAUAUCCUCAAUGACAUUAUCAGGAUAGGUUUCUUGUAUACUGCCUCCUUUUUUUUUCUUAGGGGCCAUCUCCUAUCGGACAUGUUCAAAGCAAAAUUCGCAGAAUACCAAAUAAAGAGGGGUUGGCUAGAGAACACUCUAUCCACUCUAAUGUUCACUCUAAAAAGCGACCACUUUUGCGUGAAUAUGCAUAUUCUUAAAGAAGAGGAAGUAAUUGCAAUCAUUUUAUG